AUGGGUGCGAUGUUUCGAAGCGAGCAGAUGCAGCUAUCCCAGUUGUUUUUGCAUAUUGACUCUGCGUACAUGUGUAUUGUGGAACUUGGUGAACUUGGUGUUGUGCAAUUCCGCGAUACGAAUGCUGAAAGGAAUGCAUUUCAACGGAAAUUUGUCAAUGAGGUUCGCAGAUGCGAUGAAAUGGAGCGCAAACUAAGAUUUAUGCUGAAUGAGAUACAAGCAAACAAAUUGAAACUUUAUGAUAGCCCGGAAGUUCCUGAAUCACCAGCUCCAAGAGAGAUGAUUGACAUGGAAACUACUUUUGAAAAGUUGGAAAAUGAGACGAAGGAGGUAAAUGCAAGCAUUGGAAAUUUGCGUCAAACUUAUUUUGAGCUUCAAGAAAUGAAGCAUCUUUUGCGGAAAACGCAAAUAUUUUUUGACGAGGCUUAUCAAACGCCAACUUUUGCUACUGACGAGAAUUUAGGUCUUCUUGGAGAAGAAGGUGGUCAGACCACAUACAGUGGUGCUGAAAUGCACUUAGGUUCCGUUGCUGGUGUCAUCCUGCGCGAAAAUUUACCCGCUUUUGAGCGGAUGCUAUGGCGUGCCUGCAGCGGGAACGUUUUCCUCAAACAAGCUGAAAUCGAAUUGCCCAUAGAGGACCUACUCACGGGUGAGGAGGUUUACAAAACCGUGUUCAUAAUAUUCUUCCAAGGUGACCAACUCAAAAUGCGAGUGACCAAAAUAUGUGAAGGAUUUCAUGCCACAAUAUACCCCUGCCCCGAGUCUGCGGCCGAUCGUCGGACAAUGCUGAUUGAUGUGGUUCAAAAGAUCGAUGAUUUGGAAACCGUUCUUACUCAAACGCAACAACACCGUCAGAGAAUUCUUGAGGCCGCGGCAAAAAACCUCAACAAUUGGUUCAUUCGAGUGCGCAAAAUGAAAGCUAUUUACCACACGCUCAACCUCUUCGACCUGGACGUCACUACCAAGUGCAUGAUUGGGGAAUGUUGGUGUGCGGUCAGUGACCUUGAUCAAAUCAAUCUAGCUCUAUGUCGGGGCAUGCAAAAGUCGGGUAGCACCAUCCAGCCCAUCCUCAAUGUUAUGCCAACGAAAGACCCGCCUCCGACAUUCCACAGGACGGAUAAGUUCACUGAGGCGUUUCAGGGGAUUGUCGAUGCUUACGGAGUGGCAACGUAUCGGGAGGUAAAUCCGGCCCUCUUCACUCUGAUCACAUUUCCCUUUCUUUUUGCGGUGAUGUUUGGUGACGCGGGACAUGGGUUGGUUAUGUUUCUAUUUGGACUGUGGAUGGCUUUGUGGGAGAGACGUCUGAUUGCCAUGAAAAUCAAGGACGAGGUGUUUGACAUCUUCUUCGGCGGUCGCUAUGUGAUACUUCUAAUGGGUGCCUUUUCUAUUUAUACCGGGGUGAUCUACAACGACAUUUUCUCAAAGUCAGCUAAUCUAUUCGGGUCUUCGUGGUACCCCGGCUACGACAAACACAUCAUUUCGUCAAAGAGCCUCCUCCAACUUGAACCGCGCACCUCGGAGAACAUUACCGAUCAGAUGUUCGCCGGUCAGCCGUAUCCCUUCGGCAUUGAUCCGGUCUGGCAGAUCUCCAACAACAAGAUUCCUUUCAUGAAUUCGCUCAAAAUGAAAAUAUCCAUCAUCUUAGCUGUUCUUCACAUGAUGUUUGGGGUUAUUUUGAGCUUCUUCAACCACAAAUUCUUCAACAACACGCUAUCGAUAUGGUGUGAAGCCCUGCCGCAACUGCUAUUUUUGGCUUCCAUUUUUGGCUAUCUUGUGAUUAUCAUUUUUUACAAAUGGGGAGCUUACACAGCUGAUGAGGCCGCUACAGCACCCAGUCUCCUAUUGAGUAAAUGGGCACAUUUGUUCAACUAUGAGGUAAAAGGAGGUGCUGGUGAUCCGUUUUACGGAGGACAGGCUGUUAUUCAAUCACUUCUGAUGCUGGUUGCCCUGGUGUGUAUACCGUGGAUGCUCCUGUCAAAACCCCUCAUUCUGCGAUGGCGUUUCAAGCGUAGUGUUGAUUUGAAUCAAAGCACACAACCCAAACCAACACCACCACCGAGGCCACCAAAACCAGACUUCAGUGAUGCUAGUCAAGGCAAUGGGGGUUCAAAAGGACCAGAUACUGAUUCUGCAGUGCAAGUGGUAACUACGGAUGAUCAUGAUGGCAGCUUGGAACAUUUUAAUUUUGGUGAGUGCAUGGUGUAUUCGGCUAUUCACACAAUUGAGUAUUGUUUGGGAUGUAUUUCCAACACGGCGUCCUACCUUCGACUUUGGGCUCUGAGUCUGGCUCACGCUCAACUGUCUGAAGUGCUCUGGAGUAUGGUAAUGCAAAUCGGAUUGAAAAUUGAUGCCUACUAUGGAAGUGUUCUCCUAUUCCUGAUAUUUGCCGCAUGGGCUGGAUUAACUGUUGGUGUGCUUGUUAUGAUGGAGGGCUUAUCCGCUUUCCUUCACGCAAUACGGCUGCAUUGGGUGGAAUUUCAAAACAAGUUUUACUCGGGGACCGGCUACCUAUUCGAGCCUUUCUCGUUCAAGGCAUAUAUCAAUCUUCCCCUUACUGAACCCUAG